AGGCAUUGCAAGUAGACAAUAAGAUAUUUGAUGACACUGAAGCAAAAGUAUUUGCAUAUUCAUAUUCUCCAAACCCACGAUCUGGUCAUCUAUCAGCAUAUAUUAACAAUAAAUUAUAUUUUAUUGGUGGCUCAACAACUCUGGAUAGAUCUGUUAUUACAAAUGAUUUCUUUUACAUUGAUUGCUCUGUGAGCUUUAAUAGCACAAUUGAUAGUAUACCUUAUAAAAAUCUUUCAGAUUUAACCGAUAUUCCAAGUAUUGAUGUAGCCGGUUCUUCUGUCAUUGGCCCUUAUAAUGAUAUAAUAUUAACUUUUGGUGGUAUAGGAAAAAAUAAUAGUUAUGGUUAUCAAUUAAUAUACACUUUUGAUACAAAAACUUAUAUCUGGACACCUUUAACAACAAAUGGAAUUAUACCACCUAUAAGAAAAGGUGUUCGACCUAUAUAUAAUUCUGGAAGAUUGUAUGCCUUUGGAGGAUUUGAUAAUAUUAAUGGAAUAGUUUAUAAUUCCAUUGAUUUACUAGAUACUAUUGGAUUUACCUGGUCAAAUUUUACCUUGGCAGGUGGUCUUUCUGGAAGAGACGGCUACGUAUCUGCUUUAUUGCCAGAUGGUAAUAUCUUAUAUUUAGGUGGAUAUUUCUCUGGUAAAACUAUUGACUUAGAUAUUGUUUAUUUGUAUAAUACGAAUAAUAAUACAUGGCGAAAUACGACUACACAAGGUGAAAUUCCUGAAAGUCGUGGAUAUUUUACUUCUGUGUUAGGAGAAAGCACAAAAGGUUCUAAUCAUCCUGCAGCACCAACUUUAGCUGUAUUGAAUUUGAGUUCAGAACCUUUUAAAUGGAUUUCUCAAAACGUGUCUGGUGGUUUUAUACCUCCUCCUUUACUUCUUCAUACAGCAAAUGUUGUUGAUAAUUAUAUGAUUAUAGCAUAUGGUUUUAAUUAUCAAACCAGUUUAUUAAGUAAUAAUAUCUAUAUUCUUGAUAUAAGUAAUGACUCUGAAUAUAAAUGGGUAAAUGAAUUUAAUUCAAAUCAAAAAACUUCAUCAUUGGUUAGCUUGCCAACUGCUGUUGUCGGCACUACAUUAAUAAUUUUUUCCUUAAGCGCAUGUUAUAAAUGGUAUAAAUUUAAUGGCUUCAAUAAGGAGGUUUUUGAAACUCCGGGAA